GUUGACUGAGACGCCCGUUUCCUUCUCCGCCAUCGCAAUCGAUCGACGCACGCGCAACUCUUCGCACGUCGCUAAACUUUAGAGCGGCCUGAAUGCAAUCCUGUGAUAUAUUUUGAAUAUAAAAAUUAUAAAUAAAUAUUCUCUAAUAUUUUACAGCGAUAACAAUAAUAUGUUUGUUGAAUGUUAAAAUCAAAUGAACAAUAUAGUGAAAAAACGUUCUCAACAUGACGUUGCGGGUUGAAGGACUCGGAGAAAAGAUCGUAAAUGUGGAACCAUGUAAGUGCAACAAAACGUACGGAUCUGAUAUAGCGAAAGCUGAAACGAAGUUCAGCAAUCGGAUAAAGAAAUUUAUCAAAGAAUCUUGGGCGUUUAGAUCGAAAAUAACGGUAGAGCCAUUUGUUAUUUGUUACGUACUACCUAGUGUACUUGCUGGGUUAGCUGUGCAAAAUUUGUGUCUUGAGAAAUCAUGUCUCGUGAAUUUACAAUACGACGAGGUAACAUGCACACAUAUAAUGGAAGGACAUACACACAAUUAUACAGAACAAGAGAGAAAAGUACAAACCAUGGUUGCAGGGAUGACUGCCUGGAGUUUUCCAUUACAAACUGCUUUACCUGGAAUAUUGACACUUUUUGUUGGCGCGUGGAGUGAUCGCACAGGGAAUAGAAAGGCAUUUUUAGUACUGCCGAUACUUGGGAAACUGAUAUCGGUUAUUGGUAUCAUACUGACGACAGUGUUCUUCCUGCAGAUAGGUUUAAACGAGACCGCCCUCAUCGAAGGAUUGCCUCCAGCUUUAGCUGGUGGACGAGUGGCAAUGACAAUGGCUGUUUACAGUUACAUCACAGAUAUCACAAGUGAUGCUGAACGGACUUACCGUUUAGGGAUAAUAACAUCAAUUUUAACGCUAAGCAGGCCUAUAGGGCUCGCUCUUAGUGGAAUUAUGACUAAGCGUUUCGGGUAUUACGGUGUGUUUACAGUUGCUUGCGCAUUCUAUUUAACCGGCUUUGUUUAUAUCGUUUUAAGACUGAAAGAAAAGAACAAAAAGAAAAUCGAGGGUGAAAAUAAUAGUAUAUUAUCAGUGUUCUCGGCACAGGAUUUAGUGGCUACUGUAAAUGUUGCAUUCAAACCGCGGAAAGAGAAGAAACGUAUGCAGAUAAUACUAAUAAUGUUUGCAUACAUGUUCAUCGUUGGACCAGUCUUAGGUGAGGCGCAGAUGACAUACUGGUUCACUCGCUACAAGUUCCAUUUCACCGAAGUUGACUACAGCUUAUUCCUCACGUACUCCGUGCUUGUUGGAAGUGUCGGUUCAUUCGUAACCAUAUAUCUCUUCGUCAAGAGAUGGCAGAUAGACGACAGCGUGGUCGGUGUCAUAGCGUGCUUGAGCAGAAUAGCUGCAAGUGUUGUCUAUGCAUUGGCACCAAACCGCACCAUUUACUUCAUUGGACCAGUGUUGGAUAUGUUUAGUUCAGCUGGAUCUACCUCACUAAGAUCGAUAGCAACAAAACUCGUGGAUGGAGAUGACUAUCUCAUUUGUAAAACAAGCUCUCUUAUAAGCAUAUCAGAAGCGUUGGUACCUGUGAUCUACUCUCCUGUGUACAGCAAAGUGUACCUUACUACUUUAUCGACUUUCGCAGGCGCAUUCUACCUCAUUAGCGCUGCGUUAGCUGUUCCUGCCAUAGUUAUUUUAAUAAUACUCCAUUUACAAUCUCGCAAAAAGACCCCGCCUCCAACACCGGAGAAGAAACCGAAGGAGAAUGAAAUUACUCGUUUUUAAAAAAUCCUAUUUAUUGUUAAGUAUUAUAUACGUUGUUAGAUAUACUUAUAGAAAUAUUUUAAUUAAAUUAAAAUUUGUAUUGAAGCGUGUGUUUUUUUGUACAAAUUUCUAAAUAAUAUAGAGAUAUAACAAACAUUUUUAUAAAAAUUUUUGGAUACCUACUUAAAGUAAGCUGAAAUCUAUUUAGAUAUACUUAUAGGUAGUAAGUAAUACAUUAAUGUUAUAUUAUUAUAUAAUAGAUAGGGACCCACUGUAAAUGAAU